UCAAUCAUUUACUAAGUUCUUCUUAUUUGGCUGGUAACUCGUUUGUUCUUUUAAAAUUACCCUCAAAUUGAGACUUAAGAACAAAAUAAUUGAAGCACAUCGUAUAUUAUUUAGCAAGUAUUUUAAGUAGACGUAAUUAUUUGUCAAUUGAUUUGUCCUUUUGACACAUUUUUUUCAUGUGUGUAAUUUUACAACCUUGUUAAAUAUGUUUAAUUGUUGAAUGAAAACGGUUUCUAAAUCAAUUAAUUGUAGCAUGGAAUCUUCGCCAUCAACCAAGGUAAAUACAAAUUGUCCAAAACCUGUGAACAUUUUCUACGUGUGGUACACCGAACUAUGUCGUCGAAUGAAUUUCACGCCAGCUCCGGCUGUCAAACCUGCCAAACCCAAGUGCCAGACCAUCCUGGAGUUCGUCGGAGAUCGCUUGAGGGUGGAGGAAUGGACGCCCAUCGUAAAUGCACUACGGCACGACAACAGCCUUCACGUCAUCAGCAUCAAAAGCAGACUAGGUAAUUGCGAAUUCCUACACAACAUCGACACCGAGGAAAAAGCCAAGCAAAUGAAGAGACGCUUCGGCUCCCUGUGGACAGCCUACGUGCUGCAUCAGCUCACCAAAUCCUUAUCCAGUACAUUAAAAAACACAGAAGUAUUAACCUACCUCGAGCUCGACGGCAUCCCUUUAUUCUGCGAGUAUAUGGAAUCGCUCCUUCAAGCGCUCAAAAAAAAUAAAACAAUCAAACAUCUUUCGUUCGCUAAUAGCUCCAUCAAAGAUCAAGGCUGCAACAUGCUAUGUAGAUGUCUUCGCUUUGCUCCAAAUAUUGAAGUCAUCAAUCUGUCUGGAUGCGAUUUAAUGACCGAAAGCGGUGAACACUUAGCCAAAUUGAUCAAACACCAACAGAUCAAUAGAUAUUGCGAAAGCUGGCACAACUCUUUGAGAUAUGCUGAUCCAGAGCAAGGUAAGAUGAGAGGGCUCAAAAGAAUCACCAUGAACGCCAAUCCCAAUUUCGGAGACGAUGGUUUCGAUUUCAUUCUAAACGAAUUAGAAGACGAUCUAUGGCUGAAAGCUCUCGACAUGCAAAAAUGCGGGAUUACAGAAAAUCUGAGUAAAAAAAUAAUCGAUAUUGUUAAUUACAAUCGAUCUUUAGAAAUUGUUGAUUUGAGACAAAACGAUUAUCUAACCUUGGAAACUCUAGAAAAGCUCUUGCAGGUUUUGCGUGAUAAGCAACAGAUGGGUUACAAACCCGAAUUCCAAUGGUGCAACACUGCUGUGACUCUAACUUUAGAUUCCAUAAGCGGUUCCACUUUUUCAAUGGGCACAACAAUACACAAAACCAAAUCGGCUCCAACUAAAAACAAUUUUUCCGGGUCCGGAUCCAAUUUAUUACCAAUGGUCAGAAAAUCUAAGACAUUAGACAACAUUUCAAAAUCGAUACCAAGAAACAUGAUAUCCGAAUUGAACAUCAAGCUACAAUCGGAGAUCCAAAAGCGCAAAUCUAUGGAGAAAGUCAAUGAGGAGCUGAAGCACAAAUUAGAAGAGGUACAAAGUAACAGUAAGCUCUCAGUCAAGUCCGCUAACUGUAAGAAGCCUUUGAAAGUGGUGCUUGGUGCUAGUGAAAAGAAACCUAAAAGCGUUAAUAAAGAAAAGACUGUUGUAGAAGCUGCUCCAAAGCUGCCAACAGCUCCUGAAGCUCCGAAAGUGAAGAGCGGCUUCCAACCAGCUAUACUGAAACCUCUGUUGGGCAGUGGGGGUAUGAAUGGUUUCAAAAUGAAGAACGGAGUAAAGAACGACGCUACAACCAACGGAGCUGGCGAUUCCAACGGGUACAAAAACGGAUUUUCUUCCAGAAUCUUAAACAGAGCUUGCGUUAUGUUUGAAAAUAUGAUGAAAACAGACGGUUGUGCGGAAAACGAAUCUAACGAUGGCGAAGAGCUACUGGACUAUUUUAUUAACGAGAAAUGUGUACAAUCUGAGACCGAGAGCCAACUAUCUUCCGAGAGCCAAGAUUCCCUCUACAAAUACAUGGACCAAUUGCGAAAAGACGAAGUAAAAUGCACGAAUGAUAGGACAUAGAUGAAGCCAUAAACUUAAGA